CUGCAAAAUCUAGCUAAAAUCUCAGGAAGAAUCGUACUGCAUUCACGGCACCAUGAGACAAGAAAUCUUCCAAUUGCCGUCCUUCCAUUUCUUCUUCACCCUAACCAACCGUAGAGAACAUGAGGAUCUCGCCAGGAAAUUUCACAGCGGCUUGCAUUACCAUGGUGGUAUUAGUUGCCAUGUCACUUUACCUGAUGAGCACAGUGGCAGAUGGGGUGGCGGCAAUUCUUACUACGAAUGGGAUUCAACAAGAAUUUGAGGAGUCAGAACGACCAAUGCCACAGCCAAUCAACAGCGUGCGUCAUCCAAUCCUCAAUGACUCAAAGACUAUACCCACCCUUAAGCAGCCACGUCUGGUAUUCCUGAAGACACACAAGACGGCAUCCUCCACCGUUACUUCGGUCCUGCAGCGGUAUGGCUACCUCAAAGAUCUCUCUUUCCUCAUGCCGAAAUGUGGACAUAUCCUUGACACGUAUCAUCACUUCGACCUGUCCAAAGUCCAAGGUCUCUCAUCCAAGUCUGCAAGAGAGAGGGAAACGUUGUUCAACUUCCUUACGAACCACGCCCGUUAUAGUCGCACGGAUAUGGAUGGAGUAUUCCAUGAGGCGAGGUACGUCACCAUAUUACGCGACCCUGUAACUCAAUUUGAAUCCAUGUUCUACUAUUUCGAAAUGUUUAAGUAUCUUCCAGCGGGAAAAACUCGUUAGGGGGGUUCUUUGAGGACCCUGAGAACAAUUUCAAAUUGAUGAGGAGAAAAAAUAUGCAGUUUACAGAGAAGCGGAUGCACAAUCAACAGCUUUUCGAUUUAGGAGUUGAUCUCAACGACAUGGAUGAUCCUUCGACCAUCGAUGGCAAGAUAGAUCGUCUCCAGGAUGAGCUUGAUCUCGUGAUGAUCACCGAGUAUUUCGAUGAGUCGAUGGUGCUUCUAAGUAAAUUGAUGCAUUGGAGUUUAGACGAUUUAAGAUAUAUAUCAAGAGGAGCGAGGCAACCAGGUUUUCGCGAACCACUGACCGACGACGUGCGCGCGCAGAUCCGGUCAUGGAAUUCUGCAGAUGUAAAGUUGUACGAGCGUUUCAAUAGAACGUUCUGGGGGAAGGUGAAGGGGUAUGGACCCAGCUUUGAGGAAGAUUUGAAAACGUUUCGAAAACUUCAACUUGAUUUAUCCGAUACAUGUCGUGAUGUGAGGAAGGAUGACGUAACAGAUCGACGCGUAGUGAAGCCAAGACUUAAGGAAGCGGCCCCUGAGUGGUGCUCAGUUUUCUUCAUGGAUGAUGUACAUUUUACAGCAAUUAUUCGCAAGAGAAUGAAAAUGAAAGGAUUACCCCUCUAUGAUACAUGUGACCAGCGUUAAGCCAAAACUCCCCAGGUCGGAAUUCCAGUUCAAACCAGUAGGCAACUGGUACCAGUUAAAACCAGUAAGUCAACUGGUACCAGUUGAAACCAGUAGAUUCAACUGGUUUUUUAUAUGGAAAUUGAAACAACGCUAACUGAGACCAGUUGAUUUACCAGUUGAAUUACCAGUUGAUUUACCAGUUCAAUUACCAGUUGAUUUACCAGUUGAUUUACCAG